GACAGCUGCGUGCGGCAAAGCAGAUCAGAGCACGAGCUGAUGGCGAUGACGAUGACACGGGGCGAGUGGCGCUGGGCGGCGCUGGCGCUGCUGCUGCUGGCGGCGGUGGCGGCGGCGGCGGCCGGGACCAAGGAGGGCGGGCGCCGGUCGCGGCUGCUGGGCGGGCUGCAGGAUGCGAACGAGAACGACGAGGGCGUGCAGCGGGCGCUGCAGUUCGCCAUGAGCGAGUACAACAAGGCCAGCAACGACAAGUACAGCAGCCGCGUCGCCCGCGUCGUGCGCGCCCAGAAGCAGAUCGUGGCUGGAGUCAAGUAUAUCCUAGAAGUUGAGCUUGGCCGGACCACCUGCACAAAGUCAGCAACUGAUCUUCAGAGCUGUGCAUUCCAUAAAGAACCAGAGAUGGCAAAGCGCGUCACUUGCAACUUCGAAGUGUUAUCUGUUCCUUGGCUAAACCAAAUUACCUUACUGAAAAAUAACUGCCAAUAAGCAUCAGCUUGUUCCAGGAGACAUCAGCAACUGGUUGUUGGUUUGGGGUGUUGUUUCUUUUUUUUUUUUCUUCUUCAGCAAAAGAGCAAUAAUAUGAAUUCCCUCUUGUGAUGGACUUGCAUACAUUACUAUAAACUCAGAUACUUAUAAAAGUAUGCUUGUACUAUGCAAGUAAAAAUAUAUAGCUUUCCUUUUGAAGCACAAUAUAGUCUGAAUGUAAUUUUUCCCUGUAAUUACAUUUUUGGAACAGCUAUUUUCAUGCUUCUUUUCCCUGCCAAAUAAAACAGUAGUCUUAAUCCACAGCAGCAGAGAUUUUUCAUGUUUGUCCUUGUUUAAUGGUGACUGCUCUAAGAAUUAAAAAUUGUAAUUCCUCA